UGCCCGCCAGCCUGCGCCCGCACUCGCUCUGCUGCCCGCCCUCCCCGCGGCUGCAGUGUCGGGUAGGGUCUGGCCGGCGGCCCGCGGGCGGGCCGCCCUCCGGCUGUAGCCCACCCCCCUCUUAAAGCGGCGGCGGGAAGAUGAAGCUCCGCGAGCAGCUCCUGAACGGCAGCGCCGCGAUGCCGGGCGCGUCCCUGCAGCGGGCCUGCCGCCUGCUCGUGGCCCUGUGCGCGCUGCACCUCGGCGUCACCCUGGUCUACUACCUGACGGGCAGCGACCUGCGCCGCCUGCCGCAGUUGGUGGGGGCGCGCGCCCCGCUGGACGGAGACCCGGACGAUGACGGGGCGCCGGGGCCGCCCACCGAGGGGCUCCGCGCGCGCGGGGCCGCGCCGCCGCUGCCUCUGGGCGUCUCCUCCCCGCCGCGCCCGCCCGGGGAGUCCAGCCCCGGGCCCGCCCGCAACUCGACUACCGCGCCCGCGCCCCCCAGCACGGCGCGAUCGCUACCCGCCUGCCCGCCGGAGUCCCCGCUGCUCGUUGGCCCCAUGCCCAUCGAUUUUAACAUCAAAGUGGACCUGAAGCUGGUGGCGAAGCAGAACCCCAACGUGCAGGUAGGCGGCCGCUACCGGCCCAGCAACUGCAUCUCGCCUCACAAGGUGGCCAUCAUCAUCCCGUUCCGCAACCGCUACGAGCACCUCAAAUACUGGCUCUAUUACCUGCACCCCAUCCUGCAGCGCCAGCAGCUGGACUAUGGCAUCUACGUCAUCAACCAGGACGGAGAAGUCAUGUUCAACCGGGCUAAGCUCCUCAAUAUCGGCUUCCAGGAGGCUCUGAAGGACUAUGACUACAACUGCUUUGUAUUUAGCGAUGUGGACCUCAUUCCCAUGGAUGACCGCAACACCUACAGGUGUUUUGUACAGCCCCGGCACAUUUCCGUUGCUAUGGACAAGUUUGGAUACAGCCUGCCUUACCUACAGUAUUUUGGAGGCGUCUCUGCUCUCAGUAAACAGCAGUUUCUCACCAUCAAUGGAUUUCCAAACAAUUACUGGGGCUGGGGAGGCGAAGAUGAUGACAUUUAUAACAGGUUACAUUUCAAAGGCAUGUCUAUAUCCCGUCCCAACGCCAUGGUCGGGAAGUGUCGGAUGAUCCGCCACUCAAGAGACAAGAAAAAUGACCCCAACCCUCAAAGGUUUGACCGUAUCGCACACACAAAGGAGACAAUGUUGUCCGAUGGUUUGAACUCACUCAAAUACCGUGUGGUGGACACAAAAAGGUUCCCUUUGUACACCGAAAUCACAGUGGACAUCGGGGCACCAAGCUAGCAUUUUGGCGCCCCAGUAAGCAACUUAAAGAGGCAAGGACUCCUGCUGCAUCCUGCCAAUCCACCGGGCUGGUCCCUCGUCCUUACCCAACAGCGAUAGGCCUUCACUUACCGUUCAGAUGCCUUUCCAGGCAGCCAGAGUGGGAUGGUUCAUCCCCACCUUAGCUCAGCACGUGACUUAUCAACACGACAGGGCGGUUUUGAGUGUAGCGACUGUCAGCCCUCAGGAAUUCUCGGCACUAUCGCUGUGUCAUCCCAAAGACAGCUGGACAGGGUCCAGCAUCUGGUGACCAUGGGACUCAUUCCCGGGAUCAACUGCUAACUUGUUGCGAAAUAAGAAUUUUGCUUUAAGUCGUGGUAUUCUUCUGACUUUACAAAAAACAUGGGAGAGUGCUGCUGAAAUGGAAAUGAUGGGGUUUUUUUGAUCAGCUUAUUUUGACAGAAAAACACAGUCCCCACCAUUGACAUUUUUUUCUCAGCCCCUCGCCCUGUAGGGGGUAUUCAGCUGUUACAAUCAGUUUGUGUACUCUCAGGUGUGUCUGUGUGUGUGUGUGUGUGUGUGUGUGUGUGCACGUGCGCGUGUGUGCCUUAGCCAAGGGAUUUUAAAACUUGAGCCUUAGGUUUUCUUCACCCUGCUAACGUGUGACUUCCCAGGCAUCUCUCCACAUCAGAGCAGAAGCCUUGGGUGUCCCCAGACUCGAAUGCCUUUCUUCCAGAACGUCUGAUUUCUGAAUGUAAAGACUUUUUUAAUAUGGCAGUUUGUAGUGUUUUUAAAGAAAGAACAAAGAGGGUUCUAAUUAUGAUCUAGCUUGAUUUUGUGUUGAUCCAGAUUUGCAUAGCUAUUCUAGUGCUAAAUCGUCGCAAUUUAUUUUUCUGAGCAUACUCUGUAAACUUGAAUUUCCUGUAUAUUUGUAUUGUGGUGUUUUUAAAUAUGGGGGCAGGGGUGAAUGAGUAUUUGGGGGUGGGGUGGGGGUGGGUGAGAAAUAAGGUGUGCAGUAGUGGCCAGAAAUGGGCCUCCCACCUAGCUGAGAAGCCAGGACUUAGACAGAAAUCACUCUUAGGUUUCUUGAUGAGGGUUAGACCUAGUCAGAACUACUCGCAGGGCCUCUGGGUGGAGGCAGGACCUGCCGGACACUUUCUGCGUCCUCCUGGGACCUUCUUCUGGGACCCUGGGCUGUGGAGUCAGCAGUGGCAGCAGUGAGACUGUGUACUGGCCUUUAGUGCGGGGCCGUGUCCUCUGCUGCCCUCCCCCCUGCUCUCUCCCUCCUCCCUAUCCUUUGCCUUCUUCAUUGGCCUCCUUAAAACUGGCCUGUGUCACUCAGGGUCAAAUCAACUAUUCAUUCUCCAUCCCAAAUGUGCCUUUUAAUUAGAGAUUUGGGGGCUGGGGGUGUAGCUCAGUGGCCAGGCACACUGGCCUUAAGUGCAUGAGGCCCUGGGCUCCAUCCCCCAUACCACAGAGACAGGGCAAUUCAACUGCAAUUCUCCGAGACCACUCUGGUGUCUGAAGGCCUCCCUCUUCCCUCAGGUUUUUACCAGGUGCUCCCACUCUAGGGAGGAUACCCACGGGGUGCUUCCCCGAGCUCCCCUUCACUGGGAGAGCUUCGAGCCUGCCUGCGGUAAGAUGCCCAGUUAUGCCACUGAGCACCCUGGCUGGGUCCAGCCUGGUGAAGGUCCUCCAGCUGCACCACCAAAUCCUGACUUUUCCAUGGGGGGUCAGCCCAUACCCCCACCUCUGACCUCAGUGUGCAGACUGAGCUGGCACCCCGCCCCAACUUGACCUGUGCCUUUAUCAUUUUAGAACAUCUCAGAUGCUAACUUGGGUCAUCACCCCCACACCUCCUGUGUCCCAACUUUUGCUUGGUUGAAAAUGAUCGAAAAGCAGCUGGGCUCUGAAGAGUAUUCUUCUGUUUCCUCUCCUUCCCUGGUGACAAUGCUAUUAAGACUUAGAGUGGCCACAUGGAGGGAGUUUUGGGAAAUGCAAAGGAUAAAGGGUCCUCUUCCCCCCCCCCCAUUCUCAUUUCUCCAAAGUGCCUUAAAAGAAAGGAGAUAGCGACCCAGGCGGUCACUUCUUUGGGACUUUACACUUCAAACAAAGUACUGGCCUUUUUUCCCCCUUUCUGUUCCAUUGGAAUCGUUGUGUAUGUGGUUCUUUCUUGGAACCAGGGCCAAGCUGCUUCCCCGUGUCCACCUGCUGACCUUCUGGUGCUCUUGGUGGGGGCACACGGGCCCAGUGCCUGGAUACUCCCCAGGUCCUGAGCUGCUGUGGGCCGCUCCCCUCUCAUCCCUGGGGCACUCAGGAAGCCACUUCUUCUCCGGGAAGUUGGCCUCUGCCUUCCCUUUAUCUCUCCUGGAGGCGCUGAUCCUGCCCAGUGGCCUCUGGGAAUGAUCUGAGGACAGAGGUGGCAGCCCAAGAGGGAAAAGAAAUGCAGGUGCUGGCUCUCAGCUUGGGCCUGGUCUCCACUGAGCUCAGGGCUGGGGGAGCGGGGACCCCACACCACCAGAGUAGCAGCUCACCUGUGCUGGACAAUUGUGCUGUAAGCUUUGAGUUCCCCUGUAUGCAGAUGAGUUUCUUUACCUUUUUAUUUUUCUCAGUGGGCGGGGGAGGGAAAUUUCUGAUCUUGGUGUUCAAAACACGAUUGUAUUUUCUGCCUUUACAAUCCAAAUAUAACAUGAAUAA